AUGGAGUGGACUGAAGAAGUAACGAUUAAAUUCAUUAACAGUUAUAGCACAAAGGCACAGGAAGAGAUUGAAGACGAAGAAACAGAUGAUAAUGAGGCAUCUGAUGGUGAAUCAACAUUGACAGAUAACGACGUUGUGAAGGAGACUCAGGAGGUUAUACAUAAUAGACCGAAAAGAAAAUUGACGGAUGUAACACCAAUUAGAAAACAGCAAAGAAAAAGUGAAGAUUCUGAUAAAUUAGAUAGAGCUUUUCAAAUACUGUCAAAAGCAUCAGCAAACGCCAAUAACCCAGAAGGACACAACGAAUGUCAGAUAUUUGGAAAUCUUGUGGCUAAAAAAUUGGCUAAAUAUUCGCCUGAAUUGCAGAUCAAUACACAACAAGCGAUUAUGAAUAUUUUAUUUAAAGCAGACAGCAUCCAUAUUCGCCAAAAUUCAAGCAAUUUCCAAUCCCCACCACAACGUACUGACACUAUUCACUCAUUUUUUUCGAAUUAUCAGGCUAACCAAGAAUCCUGUUUUAAUCAAGAGCCAUCACAGUUGUCAUCUCCAACAUAUAGUUAUGGUAAUUCAAAUCCCUCGACCUCGAGUGACAAUAAUACUCCUCUCCCUCCUUCUUUGCCACACGAGUUAUUGGAUAUGUCCCACAUUGAACUACAGAGCUUGUAGUUAGUGCAAAUGUUUAAUGUGAGCAACAGUUUAUUUAAUGUAAGC